UCCUUAUCAGCAAAAUAUAUCGUUUUACAUUUAAUCCAAUGUCCAAUCGUGCUCUUAAAAAGUUUCUCAUUGAUAAGGGAUUUGAAGAUUUUCAAAAUCAAAAUAUUGUUAUAAAUGAAAUUGAAGCCCACAUAAAUAGCGAUAAUCAGAUUAAUCCAUUUGAUAUGUUAGAUGAUGAUAAAGAUGUGGAGAAAGUAAAUUAUGAGAAUGAGAAAGCUAUGAAUUCUGCUCUAUCACCAAAUGAAAAAAACAAUCCAGCUAUUAAAAUCAAGAAAAAGAAUAAGAAAAAAUCAAACAAAAAUCUUAUUCAUAAAAUUGAGAAUAAUUAUAUUGAAUCUGAUUUAUUACAAUAUAUACCAGUAAAUAGUUAUACAAACAAUAUUUGUGGGAUAGAUAUGAGAAAUUUGAACCCAGAAACUGAAAUGAAAAAAAUCUUUGGAAAACUAAUAUAUGAAAAUGAUACUAUCAAUGGGAGGAAAAAGAAAUAUAGAUAUGCUUACACAAAAAUGAAAUUAAUAAAAACAAAAGCCAAUUGGGUUCCAAUAUCUAAAUUAGGUUUAACUAUGGUAGAAAUCGAAAGUUUAAAUUCUGAUGGAAUCUUACACUUUUGUUUCAAACAUUCCACAAUCUACCAGAUAGUCCAACAAGCUUUUUGCGCCCUUGUCUCUGCCUUUGAUCAAAAUGGGUUAAUGGAAUUGCAUAGAGAUCAUCCAUAUCACAUCGAUACCCUUAUUCAACUCAGUAUAACAUUUGCAAUGCACGAGGAAUAUGAAUCUGCCGCUCUUCUAAUAGAACAAGCUAUUUACGCAAUGGAAUCAAAUUUCCACUCGAGAUUUAAUCUGACCGAUCAAAAUAUUCGCCUUGAAUACAAAUACCGGGAAAAUAGAUGUUUUCAUAUAGCUCUCUUUUACCACGCUCUAAAUCAGAAUCACAGUGGAUGCUCAAGAACGGCUUUGGAAAUCUGUAAAUUGAUGUUAAACUUAGAUGAUCAGGAUCCAUUGGCUAUUUUACUGAUGAUAGACUAUUUAGCUCUCAAAAGCAAGGAAUACACAUUUCUUAUACGAUUUUACAAUCAUUAUCGAACCAAAUUCAACCUUGACGUACUACCCAAUUACUGCUUCUCGGUUCCUCUGGCUUAUAAACUUUGCCAUAUUGCAACUUUGCAAGCGACUAGCCACGUUAAAACCAACAAAAAUAAGAAAAAAAACAGAUCGGCAAAUGAAAUCGAUAUUAACGAAGGAAACUUGGAAGUUACUGCCGAAAAGAUGUUGAAAGAAGCUAUCUUCAAAUUUCCCAAGUUAUUUUUCGAAUUGCUUUCUAAGUGCGGGAUUGACCCGGAUAAUUUUUGCCAAACCAUAAAAUCGGACGUUUUCGAAAAAUUUUACCAAACCUCUAGGCGUAAAAAAUUGUCACCCCUGCUUGAGAAACUUGUGAAUAGAUACUCGAACCUAUGUCAUCCUUUAUGGAAACAAAAUGGCGGCAUUCAUGAAGCAGACGAUUUUUUACUUCUCGAUUGGAUGACGAAUGUUGUGGCAAACGAUCCAAAUGCUUUCAUCACAGAUUAUAAUUUUAAAAUUAAUAAUAUUCGUAAUAAUGAUGGAGUUUUUGGAAAAAUUAAUAAUUUAAUAUCGUCUAUCCCAUCUUUUUAUUCGUCUGCUCAAAAAUUUGAUCCAAGCAGAGAUGAAUCACGAGAUAAAAUAAUAGAUGUUCCUACAACUUCGUCAAAUAACAUACCCUCAUCUACCAUAUCCAACUAUAGAUCAACUAUAAGUGGUAAUGAAAUAUCUCUCUCUUUCAUGAAUUUGAACCAAAUAUCACCAGAUAUACAUUUUACAGAUAAUUUGGGCCUCAUAAAAUCUGAUGAAACAUCUUCGGAUUCUAUCUCUUCCACUAUUUUUAAUAUAUACGAAUCUACCGAAGUUCCUUUGAAUAUUUGCCGUCAUUUUUUGUUACUAACUCAGUAUCACAAUCAGUCAAGCGAUCAAACCGAGGGCAAGAUAUUCCCCAUCCUUCCUUAUGUUAAUUACCCGUCUGGAAAUGUAUGUAACUAUGAUCCCUUUCCACCGCCCAACGGCAUUUCAGCUUAUGAUUGCAAGCCUUCCGAUUACAAUUUUAACGAUAACUCUCAUCCUUUAAAUCGCAAUAAUCAUACCAACUAUACCCUAGACCAUAUUGGAAAUCAUAAUAAUAAUGGAAGAGGCGGAGAGAAUUUCAGUAUGGGCGAACUGGUUGAUCUUUUGGGGGGAUUUGUAACCUCUUUAUCUCCUUUUAGUGAUUCACUGCGUCAAAAUUCUGACUCAGCUGUCGAUAAUCCCAAUCUAUCUACACAGGCAAAUUUACCAUCGCACAUUGAUUCCAAUUCACUGGGUGAUAUUCUUCGAUCUGUUAGAAGUUACAUAACACAUAUAAAUACAGAUCUUAAUGCUGUUACGUCUUCAAAUGUUGUCCCUCCAACAAAUACUGUUUCAAAUUCCAAUGACUCAAAUAGAAAUUUAACAAAUAUAGGGUCUGAAAAUGACAAUAGCGAACAAAAUAAUGAUUCUCCUAAUCAUAAUUUAAACAUUGCAAAUCAAAAUAUCACAGGAGAGACUAAUGAUGAAGAGGCAUCAAAUAAUGAAAACAAUGCAUCUUCAUUUGGUAUAGAGACUAUAGCGCAGGGUUAUGCAAAGCCUGGAGCUAAAUAAAUGCAGAAAAAAAAUUAUUUAAUUUAUUUAUUAAUAAAAUUUACUAAAAUAUUAUUUUACAUCUGUUCAAUUGAAAUAAAUUAAACCCAGUGUAUUAUCUAUU